AUGUCUGUUUAUCUACCAACAGUGAUUCUCGAUCCAUUCGAAAAGCUCCGACCAUUUCCGUCCAACCCGAAGACCAUAUUUCAAUCCCACUGGCACGAGUUGGUUUUCUCCGCGCUAUUUUACUACAUAGUGCAGUCCGUAUCUGGUCCAAUUUGCUCGUAUGUCCUUGGUUCGAGAUAUACUAAUCUACCCAGAAAAACCCGAAUUGAUUUUGACGUGCAUAUGACAUCAAUGGUCCAAUGUGUUGUGUCUGCUGUGCUUAUGUUCUACCAUUUCAACAAUCCUCAUUGGCAAAAUAGGUUAAACGACCCGGUCAAUUCCUUAUUGGGAUCUACGCCAUUUGGCUCAAUGGUUAUCUCUGUCACCGCGGGAUAUUUCGUAUGGGAUUUGAUGGUGUGUUUGAGGUAUUUCGACUUGUUUGGUAUUGGAUUUCUACUUCAUGCAAUUGCUGCAAUGUAUGCAUUUGGCUGUGGAUUUGUUCCCUACUGCCAGCCAUGGGCGGCGGCAUUUCUAUCUUUUGAAUUAAGUACUCCAUUCGUGAACAUGAACUGGUUUGCUUCACGCAUGCCAAAAGGAACUUUCAGUGACAGGUUUGUCAUAAUCAAUGGAUUGUUGCUAAUUUUCGUGUUCUUUACAGUCAGAAUCGUAUGGGGACUCUACGCUGUUGUGCAAUUGGCAAUGGAUAUGUCAGCAUCUUUAGACCAAGUUAGCAUAUUUGCACCAGCAACCAUCUUGACUAUGAACUUGGCUUUGAAUACUUUGAACAUUUUCUGGUUCUACAAAAUGGUCAGAAUAGCCAUAAAGAAAGCCAAGGGACAACGCUCGACUAGAAAGGCUGCAAAGGCUGCAGAUAAGAUUGAGUAA